CGCGCCCCGCUCAGUGCACUUGCAGUGUACGCCGUCCAGGUGGGUGGUAGCCUGAGCCGCGCACACGUGACCUGUCAGAUGGGCGUGCAGGUGAGAGUCUGUGCAGAGAGAGACAGGGGGGUGCUGGAGGGCUGACCUACACCGCCUGAUGACACGGACUCCUCCCCCGUCCUGCAGCGGCCUCUUAUUCAAUGGCACAAGACAAUGAGCCCUCACUAGGAAGUUCUUCUUUGUCCACUUCUUUGGAGGUUGACUCGACCCUCCAGGAGAACUACGUGUGCUCUCUGACUCCUGAACUCAUCCAGAAGGCCAGGGAGGAGCUUCAGGAAAAGCCGGAAUGGAGACUACGUGACGUCCAGGCUCUCCGGGACAUGAUAUGGAAGGACUAUCCAAACCUCAGGACCAGAGUGGAUGAUGCCUUCCUCCUCCGUUUCCUCAGGGCCCGCAAGUUUGACUAUGAUCGGGCCCUACAGCUCCUGGUCAACUACUAUAGCUGCCGGAAAGGCUGGCCUGAGCUUUUUACGGACCUGAGACCAUCUGUGGUAAAGCCGGUGCUGGAUUCUGGCUUCCUUACCGUCCUGCCUCAUAGCGACAAAGAGGGGAGGCGUGUUGUCUGCAUUCGCCCGGGCCGCUGGAACCCCCGGGACUAUCCAAUCACAGAAAACGUUCGUGCCAUGUACCUGUCCCUGGAGAAACUGGUGGAGUCGGAAGAGACACAAGUGAACGGAAUUGUCAUCCUGGCUGAUUACGGAGGGGUGGGCUUGUCUCAGGCUUCCCAUUUUGGACCCUUUAUAGCCAAAAAAGUGAUUGGGAUUCUGCAGGAUGGGUUUCCGAUCAGAAUAAAAGCCGUCAAUAUCAUCAACGAACCGAGAAUAUUCAAAGGGAUUUUUGCGAUAUUGAGGCCGUUUUUGAAAGAGAAGAUCGUGAAGCGGUUUUUCCUGCACGGGUCGGACUUGAGCUCUCUCCACAGCAACGUGCCAAAGGCCAUCUUGCCCGAUGAAUAUGGAGGGACUGCGGGCAAACUGGAUACCUCUUCCUGGAGUCAGAUCCUCCUGGCGUCUGAAAAUGACUUUGCACAAGGCUUCCACCUGGCCGAUCUUAACCGCGACGGCUCCCUGCAAGGGCUUGUCAUGAACGACACCGAGUCCGACUACCUGCAGUGUGAGGAGUCCAGUCGUGGGGUGAAAUCUCAGCUCUAUUGUUACUGAAUAGUAUUUUUCUGUGAUGUAAUUUGUGUCCUACAGGAGAGGCCUUGGUAUUCACACCCUCUCCUGUAUACUCGUAUUACCUAAUUUUACUUGGCUGCUGUAUAACCAUUCAUUCAUUGUGGUACACGCAGACCUCAGGGUAGUUAUUUCAUUUAAUCCAUCUAUAAACAGUGCUGUUUUUA